GUUUCACCGGAGUAUGCAAGUACGGGCAUGCUUAAUGAGUGUAGUGAUGUCUACAGUUUCGGUGUUCUGCUCAUGGAGAUUAUAACAGGAAGGAGCCCAGUCGAUUAUUCUAGACCACCUGGAGAGAUGAACUUAGUGGAUUGGUUCAAAGGAAUGGUUGCAAGCAGGCGUGGAGAAGAAAUCAUAGACCCUAAAAUCAAGAAUCCACAUCCUCAUCCAAGAGCUUUGAAAAGAGCGUUGCUUGUAUGUUUGCGUUGCAUAGACCUUGAUGCUAGCAAACGUCCAAAGAUGGGACAAAUCAUUCACAUGCUUGAAGCUGACGAUUUCCCUUUCCGUCCUGAACACAGAUCAGUCCAGACAAACAAGAAUGCUCAUCAUCACGGUGUUUCUGGGAGACCACUCGAGAGUUGAUGCUAUUGGCUACACAACCAUAUUGAUAGAUGUUUCCACGUUUAUUCUAUAUUCUAUAUUUGAGUAUUGCUUAGAUUGAUUCGAGUUGAAAGCAAAAGUGAAAUUAGAUACAUGAGAGUGGAGUUCAAGUUCUAAGGCUUGUUAUAUGUAAAUAUAUAUCAUAUAUGUAUUAUACAUGGACACAUGGUGAACACCAUAGAGCAUUUCUUAUCUUUUGCUUUU